AUGCCUGUUCACGUGAACCAAGCGGGGUUUGACCGCCGGCUGAAUGUAGUUCAACAACUUCUUCACGACCGUAGGCUUGAGCCCUCCAAUAUAUCAACCCUGGCCUAUGACGAAGACUAUGAAUAUCCCUUCAACAACUUCCUUUUCAAAGUCGAGCUGGCGGCGCCUGCAUUCGCCUCAUCAUUUCCGGGCACUCAGCCUGGCACAUGCAAAGCUCCUCCUGAGGGAUUGUCCACGCUGGCUAUCAAGCUCAGCAAUCCCGCAGCGCAUGAUGUGAACAAUGCCAACCGCGUGGAAAAUGACGUGGCGGCACAGCACCUUGUUCGGCAGUCCUUGGCAAAGGUUGGGCUCGCGACACUAGUGCCGGACGUCUACGCCUGGGCGCCAGCUACAGCUAUUGACGAAGUAGAUGAGAGGGGGUUUGGAUGGAUCAUGUCGGAGUUUCGAAAUGGCAUAGACUUGGGCCCGGAUUUUGCUUCUCUCGACGUAGAGAGCCAGAAGCAUGUCUUGGAACGGAUGGCGGCUAUUCUUGGGGCACUACAAGCAGUAGAUUUCCCGAAUGGAGUCACUAAGUUUGGCGGCGGGCUCAAAUUUGACUCGGGCGGCCGAGUUGUGAGCGGAGAGUCGCCGACGUUCCAGGAUGCGAGGCCUACUGACUCAUAUGCCGAAUGGAGAGUGGCAAAGUUGCUUUCCCGACUCAAACGAGCUGCUGAAAGCCCCGUGAUCAGGGGCUGGCAAAGCAACGGUGUUGCCCACAGAAUCGAAAGCUUCCUGGCCAGCGGCGGCCCCGAGACAAUGCUUAGUACGGUUGAUGUGCACAGAAAAUGCAUAAUACACGGGGACCUUACCAUAUACAACAUGCUUUUUGACAGAGAAACUAAGCAAGUUACGGCAAUUCUGGACUUUGACUUUGCGUCUGUCUCUCACCCAUUCGAGGAGUUCAUUUCUAUGUCGUUCACCCACACCGGCGGCAACCUUGGCGACGAGGGGACCGCGAUCAGCAGGGCAAUUCUCUCGGGCGACUUCACUUCUGCACCUCCAGAACUUGACGAGAAAUCAGCCAAGGAGUGGGCCAUUGCAAAGACAUGGAACACCGUGUUGAUGGAGAGUGCCGCACUCGCUCCAAGCCAGAUCGAGGGCGUCAAAGAGAUAAAUGAUCUGAUGCAGUUCCAGAUGCUCCUGUGUCCCUAUCAGCUAUGCAGUGAUUCUGCGCUCGAGGGACUCGACGAUGAGACCAGGGACAAGAUGCGGGAACAAGCGGAAGCGGAUCUCGUAGAGUGGCUUGAGAAGCAUGGCUAUUGA